GUUCGCGUCUGGCGCUACCUGAAGGGCAAGGACAUCGUGAGCCACGAGAUCCUGCAGGACGGCGGCAACAAGGUGGUGAUCGGUGGCUUCGGGGACCCGCAGAUCUGUGACAAUCAGGUGGCCACGGGYGACACGCGCAUCUUCUUCGUCAACCCCGCCCCGCGCGCGCUCUGGCCGGCGCACCGGCACGCGCUGAUGCUCAACUCCAGCCUGAUGCGCAUCACGCUGCGCAACCUGGAGGAGGUGGAGCACUGCGUCGAAGGUAAAAACAAAAUUUUAAUCCUUUUUGGGAUGGAAAUGGGGUCAGGGGCGGUGGGGACGCUUUGGGGUCGGCCCCUCAAGGAUUUCUGGGGCGAUUUGAACCCCGAGGGC